CGGAUACCCCGCCCCUCUCGUGGCCGCCCCAGGUGGAGUGAUGGCCACAUCCCAGCUGCCCCUUCAUCGCUGGCCUCAUCCCGCCGGUGCCGGAGUGUUGGGUUCGCCACCUGCGGAAGCCACAUCUAAUCGUGCCCGGAGGAAGACUCAGCUGGGACGCAGCGCUUCCAGGAUGGUGAUUCAGGAUGCGGUGUAGACCUGAUCGCUCCUUUCUCUCCCCGUCCCCCAGCUCUGCCUUCCAGGGACGCCGCCCGACUACAGCAGAGCAGGCCCAAACAGGAGGCAGUCGGCACAGGAAAUGAACCCCAAGCCACGUCCCAGAACUUGGUGACAUUUGGGGAUGUGGCCGUAGAUUUCUCCCAGGAGGAGUGGCGACGGCUGACCUGUGCUCAGAGAGACCUGUACAGAGAUGUGAUGUUGGAGAACUACAGGAACCUGGUGUCGCUGGGACUUUGCUUCUCUAAGCCCGAUGUGAUUGCCUCACUGGAACAAGAGAAAGAGCCCUGGGUGGCCAAGAGAAAGGUGACAAGAGACUGGUGCCCAGACCGGAAGGCUGUGCUGGAGACCCAGGAGUUCCCCGCAGAGGGAGCUGUGUGUGAGGGAAUGUCCGAGGCAGUGCUGCUAGACAAACUCGCCAGAUACCGUCUGCAGUGCUCCAUGCUGGGGGAGCGCUGGGAUUAUGAGUCUCUGCCCAAGAGGCAGUCGGGCUUGGUGGCCACGAACAUGGCUGUCGACUUCUCCCAGCAACUAGAUGCAGCUCAGAAGAGUUUCUGCAAGCAUGUGACAUGGGAGAACCACGGCAUGGAGGCAGUAGGACGCUGUGAUUCCAGGCCAGAUUUGCUUUCUUUACUGGAUCAAGAGAAGGAGCCCUGGCUGGUGAAGAGAGAGCUGGCAGGAGGCCUUUUCUCAGGCCAACAAUCUGUACAUGAGACCCAGGAAUUAUUUCCAAAGCAGGAUUUAUUUGCUGAAGUGAUAACAGACAGAACUUUAAGCACUAAUCUGGAGUAUUCCACUUUCAGAGAAAAUUGGGAUUCUGAGGGUGUGUUUGAAAGGAAGCUGGUAGGUCAGGAGACACAAUUCAGGCAAGAGACAAUCACUAAUAACAAAACCCUCUCUAAAGAAAGAGAGUGUAUGUAUAACAAAUCUGGAAGAUGGUUCCCCUUGGAUGUUUCAGAAGAGAGAGUUCAUAAUCAUGAUUCAAUUAAGAAAAGUUUUCCCAAAAAUACAGUGGUAAUAAAACAUACAGGAAUCUAUGCAGGAAAAAAACUUUUCAAAUGUAAUGAAUGUAAGAAAACUUUUACCCAGAGCUCAUCUCUUACCGUUCAUCAGAGAAUUCAUACUGGAGAGAAACCCUAUAAAUGUAAUGAAUGUGGAAAGGCCUUCAGCGAUGGUUCAUCCUUUGCUCGACAUCAAAGAUGUCACACUGGCAAGAAGCCCUAUGAAUGUGUUGAAUGUGGGAAAGCCUUCAUACAGAACACAUCCCUUAUUCGUCACUGGAGAUAUUAUCAUACAGGGGAGAAACCCUUUGAAUGCAUCAACUGUGGGAAAGCCUUCAGUGAUCACAUAGGACUUAAUCAACAUAGGAGAAUUCAUACUGGAGAGAAACCCUACAAAUGUGAUGUGUGUGACAAAUCUUUUAGAUAUGGCUCGUCCCUUACUGUUCAUCAAAGGAUUCAUACUGGAGAGAAACCAUAUGAAUGUGAUGUUUGUAGAAAAGCCUUCAGCCAUCAUGCAUCACUCACUCAACAUCAAAGAGUGCAUUCUGGAGAGAAACCUUUUAAGUGCAAAGAAUGUGGAAAAGCUUUUAGGCAAAAUAUACACCUUGCUAGUCAUUUGAGAAUUCAUACCGGCGAGAAACCCUUUGAAUGUGGGGAAUGUGGCAAAUCUUUUAGCAUCAGUUCACAGUUGGCCACUCAUCAGAGAAUUCAUACUGGAGAGAAGCCCUAUGAAUGUAAGGUUUGUAGUAAAGCCUUUACCCAGAAGGCUCACCUUGCACAGCAUCAGAAAACUCAUACUGGAGAGAAACCAUAUGAGUGUAAGGAAUGUGGGAAAGCCUUCAGCCAGACCACACACCUCAUUCAACAUCAGAGAGUUCAUACCGGAGAGAAACCCUAUAAAUGUAUCGAGUGUGGGAAGGCCUUUGGUGAUAACUCAUCCUGUACUCAACAUCAGAGGCUUCACACGGGCCAAAGGCCUUAUGAAUGUAUUGAAUGUGGAAAGGCAUUUAAGACAAAGUCAUCCCUUAUUUGUCAUCGCAGAAGUCACACUGGAGAGAAACCUUAUGAGUGUAGUGCAUGUGGCAAAGCCUUUAGCCAUCGCCAGUCACUUAGUGUACAUCAGAGAAUUCAUUCUGGAAAGAAACCAUAUGAAUGCAAGGAAUGUAGGAAAACCUUCAUCCAAAUUGGACACCUUAAUCAACACAAAAGAGUCCAUACUGGAGAGAGGUCUUAUAACCAUAAGAAAAGCAGGAAAGUCUUCAGGCAGAGUACACACUUUGUUCAUCAGCGAAUUCAUACUGGAGAGUCAUCAACAUGCCCCUCUUUACCUUCCACAUCAGGCCCUGUGGAUCUGUUUCCAAAAUAUCUCUGGAAUCCAUCGUCACUCCCAUCACCGUAGUCUCAGUAUCAUUAUUUUAGAUAGACUACUCCAGUAGUUUAAAAACUGGUCUCUCUGCUCUUUUCUUUUUGUCCUCUACAAGUUUGUUUUUCAUAUAGCAGGCAGAUUGAUUUAGGUAUAAAUGUAAUUCAUUCACUUUUCAUGUAAAAACUUGCAUUGAGAUCCUUUAAAGUGGUCAAUUCCCAAGAUGCUCUUAAAACAGUGCCUCACUAAGUUGUUGAGUAAUUUUAGCUCUUUUAAAAACAUUUUUUGGGGACAUUAAAGUAUUACCAUAGUUAGCUCUCAAUAAAAAUGAUGCAUAAAAUGAGACCAGGAGAAACGAGAUUUUAGAUCAGAAACAGGAGUUUCAGAUUGGAUAAUGAAGCUUUGCCUAUAUUGGUUUAAAACUUGAUUGUAUUAUGUUGAGUUAGUGUUGUGGUUUUCCAUAAUAUCUGCAUAAGUGUACGGUGUACUUGUUGAUGAGAAAAUUCAACUUUACAUCUGUCAACAGUCUUAGAAAGUGUGUAGAGAAUAUGGAUGAGUAGGCUACCUGGAACAAUAAAAAAAAAAAUGCAAACUGCAUAAAGUUAAAACUACAGACAUGUUACUUAAGAAUUAGAAAAUUUGGCAAGAUUUGAUCCAUUUAAAGUCACCUGGACUCAUGAAUGAAUUCUAUUAAACUUUCAAGGCACCAUAAACCUGAGGUACACUCAUCAAGAGUAGAGGUCAGCAAACUGACUCAUGACUAAACUCUCACUAUUUUUGUAUGGCCCAAUGAUCUAAAUUUUUAAGAU